ACCCACAGUGCAUAAGGUCAAAUACCGUGGCCGGUGCAGUGUUCUCCCAGUUCAAUAUGUUUCUAUAGCUAUAAGUAACACAUGUCUCCCUAAUAAAGUUCUAUACAUUCCUUCAUAUUAGUUCUUUUCAUGACGGAUAUUAGCAGGCGAUAUAUCAAUCUUUUCCCUCCCUGCUGAAUCAUUUCUGUCUCCGUCCCGUGGACAAUCAGACAUGAAGGAGAUAACAGUUCUCGUCGUCCUGAGUCUGCUGCCGAACAUAGUUUCCGCCGAUGGUAAAUGCGGUUCCGGAUGGUUUCAGCACAGAAACUCCUGCUAUUUUAUCAGUGAGAGACAGAAGUUUACUUGGUUUGAUGCUUGGAAUGCGUGCUGGAUAUUACAAGGCUACCCGGUUGAAAUCUCAUCCAGAAGAGAGCAGAGGUUUCUGGGCAAAAAAAUGUCUGGUGGUAUUUACUAUACUGGAGGACACGAAAUUAUGGGCAGAUUGAGGUGGCACACAGGGUUGCGUUCCUUUGGUUACAGGCCAUUGAAGUGGAGGGGCAGUGAUAAGAAGAAAUUUCGCAACCGGAAGUGCAUUGCUGCUACGACAAUCCGCGGGCAAAUGACGCUUGUAAAAAGUAGAUGCCAUUCACUGGAGAAGAUUAUUUGUGAAAGACCGGUCAGUCUCUUUAAAUGGAAUACCCCAUAGUGUCUGAAAUUAUAGUAAAGGAUAAUUAAAGUUUGAUUAAAAAUCAGAUAGUCGUUUGUUUUGUUGUAUCCGCAUUAGUUGCAAAUGUGAAGCUCUCUCCAAAGUAUUGGGACAGACCA